AUGGAGAAGGCUGCCUUCGCGGAUCACUAUGCAGUUCUUGGCUGCGCGCCGGGGAUGCCACUGAGCACACUGGAGGCUGCCUAUCACCGCAAGCUGCGGGAAGUCCAUGCGGGCGAGUUGGAGAUGGCCCAGCACAAGCUUUUGCAGGCUUUGCACGAGGCGUGGGCCAUGCUGCGGCACUCGAGCUCUCGGCAGGAUUACGACGAGCGGUGGCUCGCAGAGAAAGGAUGCCAAGCGGCGAAGCCUCCGGAGGUGCCUUCUCCAGCGCACGAGGUAAAAUCCUCGGGUCCUAUGGGAGCUGCGCUCACUGCAAGACGCUUGUGGAACGAGGGCUCCAGAAAAGCGGCUCGUGAUCUUCUCGAGCAAGCACUCGACCGUUGGCCCAGGAGCCAUGAUCUCCUUGGAGUUCGCGCCGAAUUCCAGAGCCAUGGAAUCAGCGACCCGUUGGAAGGGCGCGAGAAACUUCUUGCAGCUGCCCCUGGCAGCGCGCUACCAUGCAUUCUGCACUCGCGGCCUCGAAGCGACUCAAAGUCCACUGUAGCUUCGCGGCCAAGCACACCUCUACCAGGUGAGAUUUGCCAGACGCGCUCUGGAACGCCCGUUUCGUCCUGUGGGACGCCACUGCCUUCCGUGUCAGCGUCUGCUUCGCCCGCAGUGUCGCCACGAGGUCCACGACCCCCCUCGGCUGCGCGCCGAAGGCCCAGCAGCGCGAGCAGAGGAGCAGGUAUGCGGCGGCCAAGCCGCCUGCCCGUGCCUGUUCUCACCUGCGACAGCCAACGUUAA